CACAUGAACGAGCAAACCCUCUCCCGUGUAUCGAUGAAGCUGGUUGAAACAUGGCGGACUUCCUGCCGACCCGAUCCGUGCUAAACCAGUGCUUCCCAGUUUGCCUGCUUACCAGCACCGAGGUUGAACAGCUGAGGAAAUCUAAAGAGAUUGACAAAAGUCUUUCCCGAGACAAAACCUACGCGGAACGACUAGUUAAGAUACUUUUACUGGGCGCGGGCGAGAGCGGCAAGUCCACUUUCCUCAAACAGAUGAGGAUCAUCCACGGGCAGGACUUCGACCAGCAAGAUCGUGAAGAGUUCCGGGCAACAAUUUACAGCAAUGUUAUCAAAGGUGUGCGUGUGUUGGUGGACGCACGGGAAAAGCUUCACAUCCCCUGGGGUUCCCCUGACAACCAGGUGCACGGAGACAAUGUGAUGUCUUUCGACACACGGUCUGCGAUGAUGGCGAACGGCCAGGUGGAGACAACGUGUUUCUCAAGUACCUGCCUUCCAUCCAGGUCCUGUGGGCCGACAGCGGAAUACAACACGCCUACGACAGACGCAGGGAGUUCCAACUG